AUGGGUCGCGCUCAGGGAGAAUUUGAAGCACUUGCGCAUGGCUUAUUCGAAGAGUCAGGAGGCAAAAAAAGUGCUUUUUGGGAUCAGUUCAACAACAAGUACUCGGCUUUUAAGAAUCAGAGCAUAUGUGGUUUCAUGGUUGAUGCCACGGCGCGGCCGGAAAAGGAGUUUAUGGGAAGCCAGACGUAUGAUGGCAUUUACGCCAAUGGAAAUAAAGCUAGGGAAGCAGGAGACUCCACUAUUACAAUGACCUUGAGAAGGGCUUGUAAUGUGUGCAUUCCUUGUUGUGUAACUGCGAUGGUUGUCUCACUCAGCUUUUCCGUCAUCGUUGUCUGCACGUGCCUGUCAAAGCUAAUUCACCUACAUACAUAUGUGGGAACUGUGCCGCAUGCUGGCCUCAUACUCUUCCUGCCAUCGGUUCUCGUUCCAGACAUAUUGGUUAUAUGUCUAUCACGACUAUUCCUGUCCCGGAAAAGGACCACCAUCACCUACAUAAGCCAUUUAUUAGGCUGCACUUUCUCGCUCAUCCUGCUCGUCGCAACAGCUUUCCAUGCAACAUUCUAUUACAAGACUGGCACCGAGGUUACGUGGACAAAUGCACAGAGAUAUGUUCGCGAUAAGGAUGGCAUAAAACUUUUACUCAGUGGAUCUAAUUCCGCUAUCGUCUGUGUUAUUCUCAUUUUAGGUGUAUCGUGGUUUUCCCAGACGCAUCUGUACCAGUAUGCUGGCAGGUCUCUGGACAUGCUUACGGCACCAUUGUUGCGAGCACCACAGCUCUGGAACAUGUGCAAACGCCGUCGUGGUUGUCACAGUUUCGAGGACACGUAUGACUAUCAGAGCUUCAUCAAUUCCCAGGCCGGUAACAGCCAUGGAAAAGUCUAUCUUGACCUACCGCCCCAGGCCAAUACCGGGAGCUCGCGCAGAUACCCCAAGAUUCUGGCCCUGACCAUAUUCCUCUACUUAGCCUUGACGGCCAGUCUCCGCCCAUCCUCACCAUAUUCUCAAAUGUCGGCGUGCCUGCCCAUCACGAUGCUGCAGAUGAUCGGCUCGCACACUGACAGCCAGGCCAAUCGCUAUACUUCCAGCAGGAAUCUCUGGCCCUUUCCGCAACUCAUCCACCGUCUACCGACUUGGUUAUCGGAGACACCUCCUGUUGGAUUUUGUAAAUGGCUAUCGCCAAAUCAUUCGAACCAAGUGGAUAGAGAGGUAGGGGAUGGUGGUGGCACUGGUCGUGUCUGCCACGAAACAAAGGUCGAUGGUAUGUUCUACAAUCCAGUGAACGACCCAUUUCGGAUCACCAAUCAGGAUGAAGGAAUUUUGGACCUCCUUAGUGAUUCAUUUAGGAAUGGGACAGUCAAGAUCAAGCACAUUGCUCUGAUCAUGCUGGAAAGCACUAGAGAGGAGCUCUUUCCCCUACAACAGGGGUCAGAUAUUCACAACAUCAUCCUGGACACUCAUAAGGGACAAAAAGGCGGUGAUGAUGUCAAUGCGCUUUUAUCCCAACUAACUCCAGUGGCGGAGAAGAUCACUGGAAAAGCGGGCUGCUGGAAGAAAACAAAUGGUUCGGAUCUCGCCAAAGUACCAAUACCAGAGUGGAAUGACACAACGCAGGAUGGUUACGGUGGCAUCAACGUCAUAGGUGGUUUCACUGCCGCUUCUCUUUCGUUCAAGAGCUUGGCUGCGACUCACUGUGGAGUCUGGCCUAUGCCUGUCGACAGCUUUCAAGAAUCUGAAGCGCAGAGUUACCAACCUUGCAUCUCACAAAUCCUACAUCUCUUCAAUCAGAAUAAGGGGGGUAAGACGGCUUCGAACGACUUUCUGGAGCAGAAAUGGCUCACAGCCUUCUUUCAAUCUAUAACAGACAAGUAUGAUCGCCAGCACAUAUUCAACAAUGAGAUGGGUUUCGAAGAGAUCGUAGCUAAGGAUGUCUUGGAACAAAGAGCUAAGGCACGGUCCGGUUUGGAAGAAAUCAACUAUUUUGGCUACCCUGAAACAACUUUAAAGACACACGUACGAGAGCUCAUUGAGAAAGUGCAACGGGAGAAGAAGAGAAUGUUCUUUUCCCAUUUCACUAGCACAACCCAUCACCCUUGGGGGCUACCCCGUGAUUCCAAAAAGAUCGAGUAUGUGAAUACACAAGGGAAUAUGGGAUGGCAUAGGGACUUCAACAGCUACUUGAAUACUGUGAGGUUCCAGGAUGCAUGGCUCGGUGAGCUUCUGCAGUUAUUCGAACUACACGGCAUUGCCAACGAGACUCUUGUGGUUCUUGUCGGAGACCAUGGGCAGGCAUUCAAAGAGGAUAUCGCCACCAGGACCGGAACCUACAAGAAUGGCCAUGUCAGCAACUUUCGUGUGCCCAUCACGUUCAGGCAUCCUCAUAUUCCUCGCGUGCAGUACGAAGCGAAUGCAACUUCAAUCUCCAUUCUUCCCACGAUCUUGGACUUGCUCAUUAACACCGGCUCGCUUAACCGUAAGGACAUGACCAUAGCAUCUGAUCUCCUUCACGAUUAUGAAGGACAAUCGCUCAUCCGGCCAUAUAAGAGCUCUCGGAACGGCCGUCGUGCAUGGAACUUUGGCGUCAUCAACAGCGGCGCGAGUAUGCUCUCAGUGACGUCCGCAGAUGCGCCCUGGAGGCUUGUCAUACCGCUUGACCGUGCAUCUCAGUGGAGAUUCACCGACUUGAAGAACGACCCGCUCGAGCUUGAUCCUCUUCAGAAAUGGUCAAUGGAACAAUUAGUUGGUGAUGUGAGAAAUCUCUAUGGCGAGGAAGCGUCGCAAUGGGUUGUACAAGCUGAUGCUGUGGCUCAGUGGUGGGCUUGGGAACGUAAAAGGCUCUGGGGAUACAAGACUACGAAAUAG